GAGGCGUGACAGGUCGACGCGAUGUCGCUCGCUCGACUCGCUAGUGCAAUUUCUACUGGCCUCAAAUUAUUUUCAUACAUGACAUUUCACUCUCAACAGAGAGAGAAAUAAAUAAGAGAGGAAAUUCACCGCUGAAACCUCAUAUUUAAAUUAUUUUAUACAUCUGUGCAUACAUAUUUUUUUAUUUACCAAGACUUUUUUGAGGAGUCUUGUUUUACUGCAAUGGUAGAAGAUACAAACUAUAUUGGCCGCCGAGUUGAUUGUGAAGGCCACAUAGGUACCGUCAAAUAUGUGGGAAAGGUGGGCAGUACACAAGGACAAUGGUUAGGAAUUGAUUGGGAUGAUCCAGCAAGAGGAAAGCACAAUGGCACAUACGAAGGUGUCAAGUAUUUUGAGACUUGGCAUCCUACAUCGGCUUCAUUUAUACGUCCUGCCAAAGCUAAUUUUGGCAUAUCAUGUCCAGAAGCCAUUAGAGUACGCUAUGGUUUUGUAGAUGAUGAACUGGCAGGCAUUGAUAAAGCAUCAAUCGACAGUGUUAAAAAGUCCCUGAAUGCGCCAUUUGUUGAAAUGGUUGGUUUUUCCAAAGUGAAUAGGAAGCAGAGUAAAUUUGAUCAGUUAAAAAUCAUCUGUCUGCAAGAUCAGUGCAUCAGUAGUGCAGGGUUUCCUGGUGAAUUGGCUGAGCUAUGUCCACAAGUAGAGGAAUUGGACUUGUCACAUAAUUUGAUAAACUCUUGGAAAGCGGUUGCUGAGAUCUGUGGUGAACUGCACAAUUUAAAAGGACUAAACAUCAGUGGGAAUAAUUUACCGGUCGAGGAACACAUGGAAUCGUAUUCAAGUGCUUUUUCAAACUUGAGGCAUUUGGCGCUUGGCAAAAUGAAAUACAAUUGGUCUGCAGUUGCAAAAUGCUUACUCGCUUUUCCUUCCAUUCAGCAAUUAACAGUAUCGUACAACGAGAUUGAACAAAUUUGUAACGUGCAAGACAAUUCAAAUAUUAUGAAACUGACUGAAAUAUCAUUAGAGAACAAUCGUAUACGUGACUGGAAUGAAGUAUUAAAAUUAGGAAAGCUUCCUUUCCUAAAAGGCCUUAACUUGAAUUCCAAUAAAUUAGAAGUAAUAAGAUUUUAUACAAGUGAACCUACCGACAAAACCGAUUUUUUUCCUAGUUUAGUACAGUUGCACAUAUCAGAUAAUAAUAUAAAAGACUGGCGAUCUAUAAGCGAAUUAGAAAAGUUAAAGAGCCUUGAAGACUUGAGAUUCCGCGAGAAUCCAGUUUUACAAGAACAAAACAUACAAACGGGAGUACAGUUAGUGAUAGCCAGAAUAAGUAACUUGAAACUUUUCAAUGGGACGGAAAUUUCAGCGUCAGAGAGGCGAGGAGCCGAGUAUGACUAUUUAAAACUGUUUGCAGCAUCAUGGAAAAGUUCAGAGGGUGAUAUUAUGAAGAGAAAAGAGUUUAUUACAAAUCACCCCCGGUUUCCUGCGCUAGUUGAAAGAUAUGGAGUGCCGGACACUUCAGAGUCAAAUAAAAAUACACAGCUUUCGUCGAACGUCAUAACGGUAGAGUUUGUGUGCCCAGAUAAUCCAAAUAUUAAGAGUAUGAAGAAAAAGUUAUUAAAAAACAUGGAUGUACAGAAGCUAAUGGGUGUUGUUCAAAGACUGUUUAGAAUUAACGGAAAAAUUCCCACGCUAUCUUUCGUCCGGCCUAAAAUUUCUGAAGAUGAAAUACCACUGGACAAGCCUCUACAAGAACUAAGUUAUUACCUCAUUGAUGAAGGUGAUCUAAUCUUUGUGCGCUGGUGAUAUUAAAUUAAUAU